AAACAAAACAAAGGCGGCGGGUCAUGUGAUUCAAGAGGAGGGGGCGGAGCCGGGGCCGCUGCCACUCUUGCUAAGCCGGACUCCAUUUUGAUGGUCCUCUGAAGCCUCUCGGAGUCGGUCGCCCCGUCCAAGCGUCCGGGGCCGACGAAGAGAGGGGGGAAAAAGAGAGCAAUGGUGCUCCUCUUGCGCUGACUCCCGGCGGGGGAAGGACGGGGGAAGAUCGGGGUUUGGAGGGCGAGGUGGCUUGAAUGCGGGGCCCGUGGGCUCGGGAAGGACGAGGCGCUGCUGCUGCCGUUGUUGUUGUUGUUAUUGGGACCGGCCGCCUCCCAUCGCUCCAGCCCCCGACCUUCCUCCUCCUUCUCCUCCGGCUCUUCCUUUGAUCCGAGCAACAAAAGAUAGCUUUUCCCUCCGCUUCUGAGGAGAGAUGAAGGACACUGGCGUUGAGGAACAGAUGAACAGUUGGCUCUUCAAGCAACUGAAACUCCAUCUGGAGCAGGAAUGGAAAUACCAACCUCGAGAAAAAGGGCUGAGCCUAAUUGAGUGUACUGCUGAGAAUGAAAACACCUUAUGUCCCAGACUGAGGAAUGCAAAAGUGGAAGACCUCUGGAGUCUGACCAACUUCUUUGGGUUUUCCACAGAAACAUUCGUCCUGGCCGUCAACAUUCUGGACAGAUUCCUUGCACUUAUGAAGGUGAAACCCAAGCAUUUGUCCUGCAUUGGAGUUUGCUGUUUUCAGCUGGCUGCCCAGGUGGUCGAAGAGGAAUGCAACAUUCCGUCCCUCCAUGAUGUCAUUCGGAUCAGCCAAUGUAAAUGCACUGCCUCUGACCUGAAGCGGAUGGAGAAAAUAAUCUCAGAAAAGCUGCACUUUGACUUCAAAGCUACUACUGCCUUAACCUUUUUGCACUUGUACCAUACUAUUGUACUCUGUCAUACCUCAGAAAGAAAAGAAUUGUUGAACCUUGACAAACUGGAAGCACAACUUAAAGCUUGCAACUGCCGACUUGUCUUUUCAAAAGCAAAACCAUCCAUCUUGGCUCUGUGCCUUCUCUCUUUGGAAGUGCAGACUCUGAAAUCCAUGGAACUGUUUGAGAUUGUUCUAUAUGUGCAGAAGCAUUCAAAGAUAAGUGACAGCGACUUAAUCUAUUGGAGAGAUCUGGUCUCGAAAUGCUUAGCAGAUUACUCUUCCCCAGCCUGCUGCAAGCCAGACCAUAAAAAGCUAGUUUGGAUUGUUUCAAGACGCACUGCCCAGAAUCUUCAAAACAGCUACUACAGUGUUCCUGAGUUGCCCACAAUCCCUGAGGUUGGAUGCUUUGAUGGAAGUGAGAGUGAAGACUCUUCUGAAGAUAUGAGCUGUGGAGAAGAGAGCCUUAGCAGUUCUCCGAGUGACCUGGAAGGCACUUUCUUCUUUGACCUCAAACCAAAAUCAAAAUGGCAGCCUCUCACCUUCGAUCCGGUGUGCUAGAUUGAGCUUUGGAUGCUUUAUAGUACUUUAGGCAAUAACUAAGCACUCUUUACCCGUGGAGUACUCAAAACAUGUAUUGCGCUUUCCCCUUUCACCCAACAAGUGUAGCAAGCUGGAAUCAAGCAUUAAGGCCUUUACUCAGCAAGAUGUGUUAGCAAGUGUACAUUACCUGCAAGCAGGCUAAAAGAUAGAUGUAAAGCUGGAUAUGGGCGUCAAAUGUUUUUCUGAAACUGAUGGUUGAUUCUUUAUGGUUAAAUAUUUUUGGGAUGAGUUACAUUGCAAAGAAGUAUAUGCUUAUUUCUUUUUAGGGCUGAAGUCUUUAACCAGAACAUGUUGUGCAUUCUAUUAAUGAAAGAACUCUCAUCCCUUUAAACCUCUGUUCAUUUUCAGAAGCUUACCAAAUCAGGCAUAUGCAUAGAUCACGCAGGAAAGGAUCACCCAUUCCUUUAAGUGCACACCAAUUUGGUUAAAAUGUCACAAAGUUCAGAUUCAAAUUGGGAAUGAAGCAAGUUCAGGAAUCUUUAAUAGUAAUUUUUAAAAAUUCAAUUAGAAAUGUAAAGCCUGCACCAUACUCCUUUUAAUUACUAACUCCCAUAGUUAAUUUAUGUAUGUUUUACAUUGUCGUAAGUAAAUCCAUAAUAACAUGUUUGCAUGCUUAAAUGAAAGCUGUUAGCAGAAAGGCAAUUGAUUAUACAAACGUGUUGGUAAAUGUGAAGUGGAUUUUAAUGGUUGUAACGACACUUAAUUGCUUGCCUUUUUUUCCCCUUAAAGCACACACUUUAUGGUUACUUUACUUAGUAUCUUCACAAUAUAUGCAAAAUGAACAAAAGAAGGCAUUUAUUCUCUGAUCUAAUGAUGUGAAAGCAAUACCGUGGUAGAAAUGAAGGGGCAAGGAAAUGUAGGAUUGUGGUGUUGUGUGGCCAUCUUGUCUAGGCCAAGGUGCAGAUGUGGAUGAUGGUGGUAUGUGGUGUGCUGAUUUUUAUAAAGAAAAAAAGUUUACAAAAAUAUGUAAAAAUGUAAAUUAAAACCUGUAUAAAAAUUUAAAAACAAAAUAAGCUGAAAAAAUAUUGUAUUUUUACAGUGUGUAUGUAACUUUCUAUGUUGCAUGUAGAUAUUAAUUUAUUGUAUCCUGUACAUGAUAUAAAUACUGUACAUUGAAGGCUUGCUUUUUUUGGUACCACACGCCUGAGUGUUGAGACAUUUUCUGAAAGCUAUUUUCUCUCAAAGAUAACUCAGAUGAUCUCUGCUUCAGUUCAAUAAAAACAAAUGCAUUUCCUA